AGUAUUCAGGUGUUGAGCUCUGUGAAAGGUCUCCCCUUGCAAGCUUGGAAGUCAAAACUGGUGUGCUUUGUCUGUUACUGAAUGAUGAUGAACCCAUCAUACUCAUUUCCAGUGGGUGUUGGACUCUGCGAGGGCUGUACUUGGUUAUAAUUUUUAUAGACAGAAUUUCUUGUUUGGGCAUCUGACUAGGAUGUCUCCUGGGUGCCUCUUGGGCUGGAUGUUCCGGGUAUAUGAUACCAGGAGGAGGCCCUGGGGCAGACCCAGGACACACUGGAGAGAUUAUAUCUCUCGGCUGGCCCAGAUAAACUGGAGGAGGUGGACUGGAGGCCCCCGUGACCCAGUCCUGGAUAAGUGGAAGAAAAUGGAUGGAUGGAUUUUAUGGAAUGCACUUCUGAGGUCUCUGGAAUGAUUUUUUUUUGGGGGGGCCACAGCAGCUUUUAUUGGCAGUAUAGAGAGACAGGAAAUGGGGUAAAGAUACAGGGAAAGACACGCAGCCAAAUCAGCAACAAGCUGGUACUUGAACUUGCGCCGCCCGCACCGCAAAGCGGAAUAGGUGUGUGGUUGCCUGCUUCACCCCUGAGCCACCCCGGCGCCAGUCUCUGGAAUUAAUUGAACUGAACUGAAUGAAUGCAUUGAAUCCAGUAACUGUCAGUAGAUGACAGAGCUAUGGUGAGGUAGGAAUGUCUUAAUAGUUUAGGUCCUUUUUUGGUCUUUUUCUGGGAGACAGCGGCAAGAGGAGAAUGGACUGACCAGAUUUUCAUGUAGUGCUGCAAGUGGUGGAGGUUGGACAGGCAGAUGACAGGGGGAGAAUGGUCAUAUGACAGUAGGAGGGACAUGAUUCAGGUUUAUAUUCAGAGGUCUCAGCCAUCACUUCUGUUACAGUCAUGAUGGAAACAUCAAUGAUCCUCCUGGCCCUCUCUUUCCUUCAUUUCUGCUCUUCAGUACCUGUAAGCCGUCCAACCAACUGGCUCAGGCAAUGCCGAACCUCUACCAACCUCUCCAUCACAGCACUGGAGGUGGUCCCUGGAGGAGGAUGGGACAAUCUCCAAAAUAUGGAUAUGGGUCGAGUCAUGAACAUCAGCUACUUCCAAUGCCAGACAACUGAAGAUGGGCUCUACCUUAUCCCAGAUGAAGUAUUUGUCAUCCCUCACAAAGAGACAGGUGUGGAGACCAGCUCAGAAAUAAUCAGGUCCUGGCUUGAGCAAAAAAGCUCAACAUCUGAAAGCAUUAAUUCAGACAUAUCCUUCCCACCGGGUCUCAAUGGCAAAUUUUCUUCUGAGAACAAGAGGAUGAAAAGCCAUCAGAUCAAAGAUUCUUCAAAUACAGCCAGAGUGCAGGUUCGUAACUUCAUCUACACAGUCAAGGCUUAUCCGGACUUCACGUUGGACACACGAUUUGCUCAGCAAAUCAGAGACAUCGCUGAUGCCAUUGAGAACAACCAGACAAAGUAUGCAGACUAUCUCUCAGAGAAGAUGGUGCUGGACUAUGGAACUCACGUCAUCACUAGUGUCGAUGCUGGGGCUGCUUUGGUGCAGGAGGACUAUCUCCGUUCUUCAUAUGUGUCAGACAGUGAGUCACAAAGUUUCUCUGUCAAAGCGCAGGCUGGCUUAAACUUCUUUGAUAAACUGAAGUUUGAUAUUAGCAGUGAAAGUUCCCAACAGAGCUCAUCACUUCAAACAUAUCAGUCCAACAUUACAUACUCCCUCAUUCAAAGCCAUGGAGGCAUGCCUUUUUAUCCUGGCAUCACUCUGCAGAAAUGGCAGGAAAGUACCAGCAAUAACCUUGUUGCCAUCGAUCGUUCAGGAUUUCCUCUACACUAUUUUAUAAACUCCAACACUGUCCCUGAUCUGCCACACCCUACGACCAGAAAAGUUGCUCUUACAGUCAGUCAGGCCAUAGAGCGCUACUACAACAUCAACAAGCGCCCUGGGUGUGUUGACAUCAACUCCAAGAACUUCAACUUCCAGGCUAACUUUGAUGAUAAUUCCUGUGAGGGUCCCGCUACAAACCUUAGUUUUGGUGGCGUCUACCAGCAGUGUGAAAAAAUCAGCUCAGAUGCAGGUCCACUUUGUGAUGCCCUGGCCCAGAAAAACCCAGAUACAGGUGACUUCUCCUGCCGUCCACCUUACACACCAACAUUACUGAGAUCAGAAGUGAGACAGCAGAGUUACUUUAAGUAUGAAUGUUAUGAGGAACGUUAUUCCUGUGGAUUUCUGGGAUGGUCAACUUGUUACAACAGACGGUGUCAGGAUGUAAACCAUGUUCGCUCUGCUCGUAUCAACACCUACUGGUGCUCUGCAAAUGGAGAGGCCCCAGAAAACUCAGGGUAUCUGUUUGGAGGAAUAUACAGCCCCUCUCUCCUGAACCCUCUUACAAAAAGCAAAAGCUGUCCUCCAAACUUCAUUCCACUGAAAUUUCUCUCAGAUGGUGAGGUGAUCUGUGUGAGUAAUGACUAUGAGACAGGUACCAGAUUCUCAGUACCAUUCGGAGGCCUCUUCAGCUGUCAGUCAAGGAACCCACUGGCAAUGAAUCAACGCAGGUGCCCUCCCAAGUUCAGUCAGCACCUUGCUGCAGUCAGUGAUGGCUGUGAAAUUCUCUACUGUGUGCAGUCUGGACUGUUCACUGGUGGAGAGCUCCAACCAAUCCGCUUGCCUCCAUUCACAAAUCCUCCACUUAUCAGCAUGCAGGCCACAAACACAGUAAUGGUGAUGACUGAAGGAGAAAACAGCUGGGUCAGAGUGGGCCAGACCAAGAUGUGGAAACUUGCUAAACCAGAGGAAAUCAAGGAAAUUGUUCAAAGCCUUAACCCUGAACUCAAUCAGAUGUCUAGUGGAGAAAAGGCAGGAAUAGCUUUUGGGGGGAUGGGUCUGAUGCUGGUGGUGGUCAUAGUGGCAGUGUUCCUGGUGAAGAGGAGGAGGACGAUAUCUGGAUUUAGAUCUAGAGGUUAUGAGGAAAUGCAUGAACAGGCUGAGAGGGAGACCCUGCAAGAUGAGGCCUGAGAAAAUAAUAAGGAUUGGGCACUCAGAUGCAGAUUAAACUAGUGUGACAUAUUCAGCUUUUAACUUCUUUUUUGAUUGUAUAGUCAGCCAGGCUUCUUCCAGCACAGAAAAAAAAUGCGCUGAACUUCUAUUUUGAAUCAGUUCUUUUAGAUUUUAGUAUAUAUACUCCGUAUUCUGUUCUCAUGAAUUUUAAACUGUUGUACUAUAGAUUGGGGCAAAUGGAUUUCUAGUACCCUAUAUUUUAAACGAUUAAAUGGCUCCUUUCAAAUCAGAAAGCAGAAGUGAUUUUCAAUGUAAACAGUGAUCCAAUACUACCCCCUUGAGGUCAAGAUGCAUAAUACCAUAAUAUUGUAUAUAAGUUGUAAUUUUGCACAAGAACUUUGUAUGACUUUAAAACUGCUUGCAAUAA